GGAGGUAAACGAGUCCGAAAUUGUCAUUUUGAGGAACUUUUAAAGUGAAAAAAGGUCAAAUCUAAACAGAACUUAAUGAAGAUGUUUUAAAACAGUUGGGUAAUUAACUGACUGUUCAUUCAGGAACUUUCUACAGUAAACCCACUGACCACUCCAGUUAUCUGUAGGUGUAUUCUUGAGCUUUCUUUUCCUCGUAGAGAAUUCUAAGGUAUACCUAGUUGUUGGUACGUAUACUCUAGAACUUUGCCUCUAGAAAGUUCUGCAGUAUACCUACUGACAUCCAUUUGUUUUAGGAGGAAAAGCACAGCUGAGUUCUGGUUAAAAACUUCAUUAAAAUCACUAAAGCUGAAAAGAGCUACAACUACCAUGAAAAGAUUAAACAUGGCACGAAAAACACCCAGACUCAACACAAAAAAUACCAAAAUUACCACAAAUGGGUGAAUUUGUGACAAAUUGAAAUUCAGCACAAAAAAAUUGCAAAAUUAACCUUAAAGGAGCCAAAAUAACCUAGAAAUGUUCAAAUAUACCCGCAAAAAAUGGCCAGAUUUACCACAAAAACGGCCAAAACUACCUUGAAAGGUUCAAAUAUGCCAGAAAAACCACCCAAAAUCACAUAACAGGUGAAAUUGCAACAAAAACUCAAAUUGUGCCCAAAAACAUGCUAAAUAACCACAAAAAGGCCAAAAGUACCACAUAAGAAACAAGAUCAUCCUAAAGAGUCAAAAAUACCCUGAAAGGUUCAAAUAUGCAAAGAAAAACAUUCAAAAUCACCACAAGAAGGUCUGCUCGAGAACUUUCUCCAGUUGUCGGUAGGUCUACUCUAGAACUUUCUCCACUUGUUGGUAGGUCUACUCGAGAACUUUCUGCAGUUGUUGGUAGGUCUACUCUAGAACUUUCUCCACUUGUCGGUAGGUCUACUCUAGAACUUUCUGCAGUUGUUGGUAGGUCUACUCUAGAACUUUCUCCACUUGUCGGUAGGUCUGCUCUAGAACCUUCUCCAGUUGUCGGUAGGUCUACUCUAGAACUUUCUGCAGUUGUUGGUAGGUCUACUCAAGAACUUUCUCCACUUGUCGGUAGGUCUGCUCUAGAACUUUCUGCAGUUGUUGGUAGGUCUACUCAAGAACUUUCUCCACUUGUCGGUAGGUCUGCUCUAGAACUUUCUGCAGUUGUUGGUAGGUCUACUCUAGAACUUUCUCCACUUGUCGGUAGGUCUACUCUAGAACUUUCUGCAGUUGUUGGUAGGUCUACUCUAGAACUUUCUCCACUUGUCGGUAGGUCUGCUCUAGAACCUUCUCCAGUUGUCGGUAGGUCUACUCUAGAACUUUCUGCAGUUGUUGGUAGGUCUACUCAAGAACUUUCUCCACUUGUCGGUAGGUCUGCUCUAGAACUUUCUGCAGUUGUUGGUAGGUCUACUCAAGAACUUUCUCCACUUGUCGGUAGGUCUGCUCUAGAACUUUCUGCAGUUGUUGGUAGGUCUACUCUAGAACUUUCUCCACUUGUCGGUAGGUCUACUCUAGAACUUUCUGCAGUUGUUGGUAGGUCUACUCUAGAACUUUCUGCAGUUGUUGGUAGGUCUACUCAAGAACUUUCUCCACUUGUCGGUAGGUCUACUCGAGAACUUUCUGCAGUUGUUGGUAGGUCUACUCUAGAACUUUCUCCACUUGUCGGUAGGUCUACUCUAGAACUUUCUGCAGUUGUUGGUAGGUCUACUCUAGAACUUUCUGCAGUUGUUGGUAGGUCUACUCUAGAACUUUCUCCACUUGUCGGUAGGUCUACUCUAGAACUUUCUGCAGUUGUCGGUAGGUCUGCUCAAGAACUUUCUCCACUUGUCGGUAGGUCUGCUCUAGAACUUUCUCCACUUGUCAGUAGGUCUACUCGAGAACUUUCUCCAGUUGUCAGUAGGUCUACUCGAGAACUUUCUCCAGUUGUUGGUAGGUCUACUUUAGAACUUUCUCCAGUUGUUGGUAGGUCUACUUUAGAACUUUCUCCAGUUGUUGGUAGGUCUACUUUAGAACUCUCCAGUUGUUGGUAGGUCUACUCUAGAACUUUCUCCAGGAGACUUCAAGGACCUGGAACUCUGCAAAUAUUCCCAGUAUGAAGGUAGAAAUCAUUGAUAAAGUUACUGGAGAUGAAGAACCAGAUGUUCUGAGGAGGUCAGAAAGGAACUUUACUCCUAUUUGGUUGAUUUUUUUUGUGCCAAAUUUGAGUUUUUGUCACAAUUUCACCUGUUUAGUGGUAAUUUUGGUCCUUUUUGUGGUAAAUUUGGAUGUUUUUCAUGGCAUAUUUAAACCUUUCAAGGCAGUUUUUUCUGCUUUUAUGGUAUUCGUGGUUAUUUUGCGUGUUUCUGUUGCUAUUUUGCAUGUUUUUUGAGCCAAAUUUAGGAUUUUGUCGCCAUUUCACCUGUUUUGUUAGUGUUGGACCUCUUCGUGGUAAAUUUGGUUGUUUUUAAGGUGAUUUUUCACUUCAUUGCUGGCACAUUUGGAUCUUUCAUGGUAGUUUUGGUCUUUUUAGGGUGAUUUUGUAUCUUUUUGUGGUAAUUUUCCAUUUUUUUUUGUGCCAGUUUUUACCAGAACUCAGAUGUGUUUUUCCUCCUAAAUGCUGUGUCGAUCUGCUGGACUGAUGAAGUUCUGAGGCUCAGAAAGUGUCCAAAUUCCAGACAUUACCACAAGGACUCAAUAACUUUCCAGAAUUACUAGAAAAUAGUCUACAAUGAGAGUCAACACUUAAAAUCUGUUUGAAAUAUUGAAAAAAGGUCAAAAUUAUUUACAUUUAUCCAAAAUUUUAAAAAAUGACAUAAUGACAUGAAGCUUAUCCAGGGGGCUGCACAGCGGACUAGUGGUUAGCACUUUGGCCUUGCAGCAUGAAGAUCCCCGGUGCAAAUGGGAUCUUUCUGCAUGGAGUCUGCAUGUUCUCGCUGUGCAUGCGUGGGUUUUCUCCGGGUACUCCGGCUUCCUCCCACAGUCCAAAAACAUGCUGAGGUUAAUUGGUUACUCUAAAUUGUCCGAAGGUGUGAAUGUGAGUGUGAUUGUGUGUCUGUAUAUGUAGCCCUGUGACAGACUGGUGACCUGUCCAGGGUGUCCCCUGCCUUCACCAGAGUCAGCUGGGAUAGACUCCAGCACCCCCCAUGACCCUAGUGAGGAUAAAGCGGUGUAUAGAGAAUGGAUGGAUGGAUGGAUGGAUGAAGCUUAUCCAGGGCAAUACAAGAAAUGGAGCAAAAUAGCUCCAUAAUGUCUGAAGAAUAAUCCAAUAUGACAUUUCUCCAAAAUGACCUAAAAUCUGCCUACAAUGACUAAAAAAUAUCCCAAGAGACUCAAAAAUGUCUAAAAUGAACCAAGCAAAACUCCAAAACAGUUAAAAAUGUCUCUGAAACUCUCCUCCACUGCAGCAGCAACAAACAUGUUCAGUCUGAUGUAGUUUUAAGCGUCAAGUUUUAUUCAAACAGAAUUUAUUAGAGAAAAAAGGUCAACACAAAAAACAUUAAUCAUAAAAUAUGUGUUCUAUAAAUAAAAGCAACAACAUGACAAUAAUGAUAAUAAUCAUAUUAAAUAUGGUAAAAACAGUUUGGACAAAAUUUAAAGCCAAAAAGUUUAAACUUCUUUAUUUCAGAUUUGUUUUCUGCCGAUGUAUUGUCUCGUGUCUCUCUGUGCUUCUUUUGUGUCUCUUUGUGUCUGUGUGGUUGUUUUUGUCUCUUUAUGUUUUGCAUCUCUCCCUGAUGUUUUUUUUCUUUUUAUGGUUGUUUUCAUUGUGACAUCACUUCCUGUACAGAUAAAAACAGUGAAGCUGAAGUUAAACGAAGGAGCUAUCAAUCAAAUCCAGCCUGGCCCCGCCCACAUACCCUUGAGAACAGGUAAAAUCGACUUUAUUUUCUGGACUUGAACUGAACGUUAACUUUCGGGGCCUGGGUCUGGGCGCCAGCGAUGGGCUCAGCUGUCACGAUGCUAUGCUAACUAGCUGUGAUUAUCUAAAGCCUUCCAACAUGGCCGCCUCAGGUGAGGAAACACCUGAAGGUCGAAGCUUCUAGAACUUUUUACAGACGCAGGUUUAAAUAAGGAGCUACAGGAGUCCGUCAGCAGCUCCGCUCCGCCGUCCUCCUCUUCUUCCCAGAAUGCCGUGUUUUCCUCUGGCCCUGCCUGGCCCGGGGCAGACACACUCCCUGGCCUUUGGUCCGGCCCGGCUCGGCCCGCCCGGCGGCAGUGCAGCUCAGCCCGGCGUCGCAGUCGCAGCGGCCCAGGUUCCUCCUCAGCUUGGUGGGGCCUCGCAGCAGGCAGGCCUCGCCCUCCACCGGGAUCCGCUGGCAGCGUUUCCCCGUCAGACCCUCAGGUGCCUCCAUGAUUUUAUCUCCAUCCCUGACCUGAAACCAGCAGCUGGACUGAAGCAAAGACGUCUGAGAUGUGAUGGAUGAUUUGGAAAACGCCGGGCUGAAGUCAGCAGGCCGGAUAUUUAGUCGGUCAGUCAGCAGCUGGAAGAAGAACAACGAGCAUCAGCCGUCCAGACAUGGCGUGGCUCCAUCAGAGUCGAGGUUCUCCCAGACUCGUCCUGGUUGUGGUUUGUGUUGCUCUACUGCUCGACAACAUGCUGCUGACUGUAGUCGUGCCAAUCAUCCCAACAUUUCUCUAUGCCAUGGAGCACCCCAGUCCGGAGCCCCAGACCACCCAGCCUUCCCUGCUCCCUCUGCCCGGCCUCGGUGCUUCCCGCCUGGGCACCGCGGCCUCACAGCUCCCCUCCUCUGACCUCCGGACCUCCCAGCUCCCACGGUUGCCUCAGCCCAGCCACAGUGCUCCGGUCCUGGGUCCGGAGUCGGAGCAGCCUCCCUCCACCUUCUCUCCUCUGGUGUCCCUGUUUGACAACAAGACCUUCAGCCUGCAGGAGAACCGGGCCGAAGCCACGCCGGACACCAAACCUACGGACCCGACCGGACCGACCUCGGAGGUCAAUGACACCGCUGAGUCCUCCUGUCUUCAGGACAGUGUUUUUCUUGAGGAGGAAAAUGUUCGAGUUGGUUUGUUGUUUGCGUCUAAAGCUCUCGUCCAGCUGCUCGUCAACCCGUUUGUUGGUCCGCUCACCAACAGGAUCGGUUACCACAUCCCCAUGUUUGCUGGUUUCAUCAUCAUGUUUGUGUCUACCAUCAUGUUUGCGUUUUCAGGAACCUACGCUCUGCUGUUCUUCGCUCGGUCUCUGCAGGGAAUCGGCUCGUCCUUCUCCUCAGUGGCAGGUCUGGGGAUGUUGGCCAGCGUUUACACCGACGACGAGGAAAGAGGCAUCGCGAUGGGCGUGGCUCUGGGAGGACUGGCCAUGGGAGUCCUGAUCGGAGCGCCAUUCGGCAGCGUGAUGUACGACUUCGUGGGGAAGAGCGCCCCCUUCCUGAUCCUUGCCUUCCUGGCCUUGUUUGAUGGAGCGUUGCAGCUUUGCAUCCUGCAGCCUUCGAAGAUCUCUCCUGGGAGUGUGGAGGGAACGCCGCUACUGACGCUCCUGAAAGAUCCGUACAUCCUCAUCAGUGCAGGCUCUCUGUGCUUCGCCAACAUGGGCGUGGCCAUCCUGGAGCCCACGCUGCCCAUCUGGAUGAUGCAGACCAUGUGCUCUCCUAAAUGGCAACUUGGUAUGGCCUUCCUCCCUGCCAGCAUCUCCUACCUGAUUGGAACAAACCUGUUUGGCGUUCUGGCCAACAAGAUGGGACGGUGGCUCUGCUCCAUGUUGGGGAUGUUCAUCGUCGGCGUCAGUCUGCUGUGUGUUCCUUUUGCCACCAGCAUCUACGGUCUAAUUGGACCAAACGGAGGUCUGGGCUUCGCUAUCGGUAUGGUGGACUCCUCUAUGAUGGCCAUCAUGGGUUACCUGGUCGACAUCCGCCACGCCUCCGUCUACGGCAGCGUCUACGCCAUUGCCGACGUGGCGCUGUGUAUGGGCUUCGCUAUUGGACCGUCCACGGGGGGUGCUCUGGUGCAGGCGGUGGGUUUUCCCUGCCUCAUGGUGUUUAUCGGAGUCAUCAACAUCCUGUACGCUCCUCUCUGCUUCCUGUUGCGGAACCCUGAAGUCCGAGAGGAGAAAAUGGCGAUCAUCGACCAGGAGUGUGUGAUGCACAGGAAAAGCUACAACACACACAAGGAGAGUCGAGAGUUUCCUCUGAGCGACUACAGCGAAGAAGAAGAAACAGAGGAAUGAUACACAAACAUAUGCACACGUAUACACACAAACAUGCACACACACAUAGAUACACACAUAGAUGCGCACACAUACAUACGUGUCCAUGUUGUCUCCGUGUUUUUCUGCACACGUGUUCUCUGUAAUGUUCACUAUUAGAUAAUAAACCGGUUCCACUGCAGGACGCCUCGUUAACUACAGCUGGUGGUUUGCUAAGCCCCGCCCCUCCUGUCUAAUUAUCUUCAUACUAACUGGUGUUCACCAAUUAUAUUAUUACAACAGAAUCAUCUUGACAUCAAACAUCAACCAGGAUGGAGAUCUCUGAGAUGUUAGAGGAUUCCAAAGAGCAUCACCUCACAGUCAGGACCAUCCAUCCACUGUGGUCCACCUGGUCAGGUUCUCACCAACAUCUGGACUCCAUCUGAGCCCAACUAGUUCAUCUCCAUCUGACCAAAGAUGAGCUCUGAUUAGAGGAACUAUGACUCCUUCUAGACCUCCUGAUUAGUGCUACUGUGGAGCUAAUGACAUGCUAACUCUCCCUGUAGGCAGAAUGCUGGUUAGCCUUACAUGCUAACAUUAACAGAUUAACACAUCAGACAUUGUUGCUCUGGUGUGUGUUUGUUUUGUAAACACACUAUCAGGGUUUAGUUUAGUAAACAACCAGCUGCUGUUCAUGAGAAUAAAGUUAUUUUUGUAGUGAAUAAAUUCUCCUCCAGUGGUCCGUCAGCGUUCUGACUCUACGUAUCUAAGAUGGUGGAACAGAGGAUGUUCUGGUCCAAGUUGUUAAGUUUAGAGUUUGUUUCGUUAUUUAAAGGGACGUGACGUUAAGUAAAGAGAUUUAAUGUGAGUUUAUUUUAAACAAGUGUUGAUGUGAACCUGACCUGUAACCAUUAAAACCUGCUUCACCUGGA